AUGGCAGUCACCAGCAAGAGGGUGUACAACUGGUACAUCUCCCUCAUGGCGGCCAUGUGCAUGGUCCUCUACGGGUACGAUGCCUCCGUCUACAACUCGCUCCAGGGCUCCAAGAACUGGCUCGCCUGGGUCGACGUCGACCUGAAGAAGGACACGCAGCUCAUCGGUCUUGUGAACACGGCCUACACAAUCGGUGCCAUUGUCGCCGGCUUCUUCAUCGGAGGCCCUCUGGCCGACUUCCUCGGUCGCCGCUGGGGCAUGGCCAUCGGCUGCUUCGUCACCAUUAUCGCGACCCUGAUGCAGACGUUCACACCGCACCACCAGCUCGGCGUUUUCAUCGCCGGAAGAGUCAUCAUCGGUCUCGGACAGGGCAUGGCCCUGACCGCCGGCCCCGUCUACAUCGGCGAGGUUGCGCCCCCGCAGAUCCGUGGCCACAUCAUGGCCUGCUGGCAGAUGUUCUACAGCGUCGGAAGCUUCAUCGCAUACUGGAUUAACUACGCCUGCUCCAAGCACCGCCAGAGCCUCGGCGAGUGGGACUGGCGCAUGGUCGUCAUCUUCCAGAUGCUCGUCCCGAUCAUCAUCAUCGUCGCCCUGCCCUUCCAGCCCGAGAGCCCCCGUUGGUACAUCCAGAAGAAGGGAGACGUCGACUCCGCCCGCGCCGCGCUGAUGCGCAUCCGCGACACCGAGCAGGAGGUCGAGGAGGAGCUGCUUACCAUUCGCGAGGCCAUCGAGUACGAGAAGGAGGCCAUCAGCGGCAGCUACUCCGCGCUGUUCAAGGACGCGUCCCUUCGCAAGCGUCUUUACCUCGCGUUCGUCCUCAACGUCGGUCAGCAACUUACCGGCCAGGGAACCCUCAACUCGUACUCGACUGCCAUUUACAAGAAGGUCUGGCCUUCCGACGACACCAUCAACCUGAUCAACGCCCUGAACGCCACCUGCGGAAUCCUGUUCACGCUGAACGCCAUGUGGACGGCCGAUCGUUUUGGACGUCGCUGGCUCUUCAUCGUCGGUGCCGCCGGUAUGGCCGUGUGCAUGCUCGUGGUGCCCAUCGUCGGUCUCAAGACGCCCUCGGCAGCGGAUGGAACCAAGAGCGAGAGUGUCGGAAUCGGCAUCGUCUUCCUGCUCUUCCUCUUCACCUUCUUCUACAAGCCUUCGUGGGGUGCUACGACCUGGAUGUACACGUCCGAGAUCUUCUCCUCCAAUGUUCGCGCGCAGGCCGUUGGCAUGUGCUCGCAGAUGCAGAACGUCGCCAACACCAUCUUCCAGCAGUUCUUCCCGACCUUCCUGGCCAACGAGGGUCUGAAGUGUCUUUUCUUCUUCAUGGGAAUGAACAUCGUUCUCGGCGUGUUCGUCUACUUCUUCAUUCCCGAGACGAAGCAGGUUGCGCUCGAGGAAGUCGACGUGCUCUUCGGUGGUGCCAACCACAUUGAGAAGGGAGGGCAGAUCAUGGGCGUUAACGACCACCCCGAGGCUGGUACCGGCUCUGAUAAGGAUGGUGCCCGGGUCCAGGAGGCCGAGAGGAAGGAGGUUGUCUAG